AUGGAAAUGGAGAUUUCGGUAUUGACGCCUUCACAGCGAUAUGCUGCGGCAGCUCUGUUUGCACUUGCAAUUCACCAGUCUCAGCUCCACCAAACUCAGCCUCUAAAUAGUUUGGUCACUCUAGAUGAGGAGCCGAUUGAAGAAGGUGUAACUAUAAGCGAAGGAAAAAACGCUUCAGUUUCCGAAGAUCCUCAUCUUUGGGUCCACGAGAAAUCUGGCUUGCUUUGGCCUGUUUUCAGGUUUCUUGAAGUGAAUGACCAAGCUUGGCAAGGGUUAAAGGAAACUGCAGGAACUUCUUCACAAGUCCGGCAUCACGUUGGAGUUUUCUUGACGUUACUCUCAGAAGCAAGUGAUGGACCUUCUUCAGAAAAAUCUGAUAAGGAACUAGCUUUGACAAAAGUUGUUGAUGCUAUGGUGCUUAGUAUGGAGAGCCUUCCUCCUUCCAAUGAGGAAAACAAUGGGAGUCGUGAAUAUGAAAUCAAAUGCUACGAGAAAUAUUCCAAUUUUGGGACAGAAUCAAUCUCUGAUGUGGCUGGAGAGCCUUAUGAAAACACACAAAAGACAAGGUCCCAAACUUCUUCUGGAGAAAAAGCUUCUAAUGAAUCUAUAGGUGAAGCUUGUGAGAAACCUGUGGAAGAGGGAACAUUGAUCAGCUAUCAGAGGAAAGUGACAGUUCUUUACAUGCUACUUUCAGCUUGUGUUGCAAAGAAUACUGAAGAUGAAAAGAGAUGCUCUCAAUUAGGAAAGGGCUAUGAUGCUCGGCAUCGUGUGGCUUUAAGGUUGCUGGCAACAUGGCUUGGUGUCAAAUGGAUAAAAAUGGAAGCCAUGGAGAUAAUAGCUACUUCCUCUCUAAUGGCUUCUGAGAAAGAUGAAGGAGCAAAGGAAAAAAAAUCAGAUACCCCAGAGAGCUCUUGGGAUACAUGGAAGCGGGGAAGUAUCAUUGGUGCUGCUGCUUUGACUGGAGGAACCUUGAUGGCCAUCACUGGUGGCCUAGCUGCCCCAGCUGUUGCACAGGGUUUGGGUGCUCUGGCUCCUACAUUGGGUAGUGUUGUCCCUGCGAUUGGAGCUAGUGGAUUUGCUGCUGCCGCAAGUGCCACAGGAUCUGUAGCUGGUUCUACUACUGUUGCUGCAUCAUUUGGAGCCGCUGGAGCUGGCCUUUCAGGGACUAAAAUGGCUAGAAGAAUUGGAUGCAUUGAAGAAUUUGAGUUCAAAGUAGUUGGAGGAAAUCAUAACCAAGGCCGACUAGCAGCUGGAAUUUUGGUUUCAGGACUGGUUAUUGAUGUAGAAGAUUUUAUAAGACCUUGGGAGGGUCAUUAUGAUAACUUGGAGAGGUAUGCUCUCUGGUGGGAAUCUAAGAAUUUGAUUGCAUUGAGCACUGCAAUUCGGGAUUGGCUUACUUCAAGAGUUGCAUUGCAGUUAAUGAAACAAGGUGCCAUGAUGACCGUACUAAGCACACUUGUGGCGGCAUUGGCUUUGCCAGCUACAUUAAUCACAGCAUCUGAUCUUAUAGACAGCAAAUGGGCAAUUGCUGUGGACAGGUCAGAUAAAGCUGGGAAGUUGCUUGCUGAAGUGUUGUUGAAGGGAUUGCAAGGAAACAGGCCUGUAACACUCAUAGGUUUCUCACUGGGGGCACGAGUAAUUUUUAAAUGUCUCCAUUGUUUGGCCGAUGCAAAAGGAGAUAAUGCUGGACUUGUAGAACGGGUUGUUCUUCUUGGAGCACCAGUUUCAAUUAAAGAUGAAAAUUGGAAGGAGGCUAGAAAGAUGGUUGCUGGCAGAUUUGUGAAUGCUUAUUCCACAACUGACUGGACACUUGGCAUUAUUUUCCGUGCAAGUUUACUUUCUCAAGGAUUAGCUGGUAUUCAACCUGUUGAUGUACCUGGGAUUGAGAAUGUUGAUGUAACAGAAAUCAUAGAAGGCCACUAUUCUUAUCUUUGGGCCACAAAACACAUCCUAGAGCAGCUUGAACUAGAUUAUUACUACCCCUAUUUCAGAAGCACAUUUUCCAAACCCCAGGAAGAAAAAGCUCUUUAA